UAGAGACCGCCAAGUUCAGUAGAUUCCUUACCGUUAAAUACACGUGAAGAAAUUAUACUUGACUUUGUAGAACCCUUAAAAAUGUUUUUUUCGGUACUCUUUGUUUUAUUUUGUGUAACAUCGAAUGCCUUAGUACACAGAUUAAAUGUUCCCAGAGUUUUAUUACCAGUAUUUAAUGAUUUUGCUGUAAAUUUUACACUUGAAGUUACUGAUGGUGCUUGCUAUAAAUGGUCAACAUCGCGAUUAGAUAUUAUUCAACUAAUUCCUAUAAAUGAAAAUGUCGAGAGAACUUGUUCUUCUGCUAUAUUGAUUCAAACAAUAACGAGAGAGUCCAAUAGAAAUACUGCAAUAGUAUUAGCAGAAGAUGUUAAUAAUGGGCAAUUUUUAAGAUGUGAUGUUAUAGUAGAUGUGAUAUUUUCUCUAAAUCUUGUGACAACUACCAGAGAAUUAUAUAUAGAGGAAGCACCAGAAGCAUUUGAAGUUAGAGCAUACGAUGAACAAGGAAAUGAAUUUACUACUCUUGCUGGUGUCGAAUUUCUUUGGAGCAUAGACAAUGCUGAUAAACAUAUGUCAGAUUCUAAAGCACCAAAUGAUAUUUUAAGAUUUAUGACUUAUCAAGAAUCACAUUAUGAAACUCCACCAACAAUUGCCGCAUUAGAUGUAAUUGGUAAAAAAGGACAUAUCGUACUGCUAGAAGGAAUAAAAACUGGCACAGCAAAGGUUUCUGUGAAAUUAACUUAUCCAGAAUAUAAACAUGUUCCACCAAUAGAAGUUGAAUUAAUUGUAAUAGCCAAUCUAAUUAUUAUUCCAUCAGACACAACAGUUAUGGCAUAUGAUAGUUUUAAAUAUAAAAUAAUGCAAGCUCGUCAAGGUCGUUUGGAAGAAAUAACUUUACCAUCUAGCCAAUACUACUUAGAAGCAGAAAAUCCUAAUAUAUUAGAAAUUGAUAACGAUCGUGAUUUUGCAUAUGCUAAAUCUCUAGGACGUACCAAAAUAUUCUUACAUGAUAAAAAUGUACGUGAUGAAUAUCCCGUUAUUUUACCAUCUGCUACAGUUAAUGUAAAUGAUGUAGCGUAUGUAAUGCUUGCUGUUUUACCCAAUAGAAAUUGGGGUUUAGUACUUGGUCAUACUCACGAAAUUGUUGUUGAAUUAUAUGAUAAUAAAGAUCAUAAAUUUCACAUUGGAGAAGGUGUUGAAGUAUCAGUGAAAUUAGAUGAACACUACUUUGAACCAAAGAUGAUAACACAAAAUGGCACUUAUAUUGUUGGUGUGCCUAUCACAUGUGGAACAAUGACUGUUGAAGCUACCCUCAAUGGUAUAAUUGAUAAACAUGGUAGAAAAGUGUUUAUUGCUUCACGUCCUACUACAAGAGCUGAGCUUUUGAUUCAUACUCCUGUUACUAUACAACCUAAGGUAUUGGCAGUUCCAUGGGAUUCUAAGGCUAAAUCAAGGUAUGACACUGUACUAAACGCAAGUGGGGGAGAUGGAUCAUACGUAUGGUCAAGCAAACAUCCUUCUAUAGCAACAAUUUCUCAAAAUGGAGGAAUGAGAAUUUUAACAGCAGGUGUAACAGAAAUAAAUGUUGCUAUGACAAGAAAUCAGUAUAAUAAAGACACAACAAAAGUGUAUGUAUUACCUCCUUCCAAAGUAAAAGUAAUUGAAUAUAACAUGGAAGCUGCUGUAGGAGAACAGAUUUAUCUUCACAUUGCAUUAUAUGGAAGAUUAAUUAAUGGAACAGACUCCAAAGAAAUUCCUUUCAAUGAUUGUAGAGAUAUUAAUUUUGAGACAUACAUUCCAGACGGUAAUUUUAUACAAAACAAUAGUAAUGUCAUAGAACCUGUAGGAAUUGCAUGUGCCGUUAUAGCAGUUACUAGCGUGGAUAUCGGAACAUCCGAAGUAACUGUAGUAUACAACGGUAACGGUCAAUAUUUGACUGACAACGUUACUGUGUCGGCCUAUGAACCUUUAAUAGCAUUACAUCCAAGUAGCAAGGAAACUUUAUUAACAGUGGGUUCAUUGAGGAAAAUAGUUUUUAAAGGUGGACCCCAUCCAUGGUCUAACAAGCCACAAAGUUAUUCGCGAAAAAUUCAAGUAUCUGAGGAAAAAAUUGUUGAUGUAACAGAACAUGUAGAUUCUUCAGAUGGAUUGCACGAUAUAUUCGUUAUUGAAGUAAUGUGUCGUGCCCUUGGAGAGGUGGAUGUAACAUAUAAAAUUUCAAAUGUUCCUCUACUGCCAAACUGUAAAAGUACAUAUGCAUUUGAAACAGUAAAAGUGAUUUGUGGUAAACCUAGACAUAUUUAUCUUCAACCUGAAUUUAAGGAUAAGAAUUGUCCUAUCAGCAAUCUUAAUAUAGAAAGGAUAAUGGCACACAGUGAUAAAAAUUUGAAGCUUAUUACAAUAAUAAAGGAUGAAGAAGGUAGAACAUUCGAUAAUAUUACGAGUUUACGAAUUGAAUGGAAUUUGAAACCCUCGACUGUAGGUUCUGUAGAAAUGCCUUCUAGUUCUAUAGAGGAAACAAUCACGGAUAUGAAUGUUAUUUUACCAAAAAGUUACUAUCAAAAUGUCAUUUUUAAAAAACAUUUUGGCACUCUUAUAUUAACAGCUACAGUUACGGGUUAUCAAAAAUAUAUAUUGAGUAAAUUAAAAAUAAUUCCCGAAUGGCCGCCAUUCGCAAUUGAGACUGAAAGAAAAAUCUAUGAAACGCCUCUUAUAGAAACUUCUAUAGAAGUAGUUUUAGUCAAUGAUACCUCUGUUAUCCCUGAUAAAUUAAUGGUAUUAAAUGAUCCUACUGCAAAAUAUUACUUGCAAGUGAGUCAGGGUUCUGGAUAUUACGAAUUUGUAUUAAGUUCAGAUGAUAUUGCAGAAGUUCGAUAUAUAGAGUCAACAAAAGCAAUUAGUCUCACUCCAAAAAAAUCUGGAGUGCUUCAUUUAUCAUUGAUAGAUCUUUGUUUACCUUCAAAACCAGCUGAAGUUGUCAUUGAAAUACAACAACUUGCCAUAAUAGAGAUAGAAACAGUGAAUAAAAUCGAAAAGGGAAAGUGCAUAGUAGCUGCACUGAAACUUUAUGACACGAAUGGCCAUGCUAUAAAAUUGCCUUCUUUGAAUGCUUUAGAAUUUAGAGCAGAAAUUGAUAACGAAUACAUAGAAGUUAAACAGUUACCUGCUAGUGAACAUGGCAAUCCUCCUUAUAAUCAACUGUUGUAUAUGGUAUAUGGAAUGGCAGAAGGCGAAUCUCAAUUAAUUUUCGUCAAUAAAGGGGCCGAAAAGGAGAUACAGAGUGAAUCAGCAACUAUCCAAGUCUUUGUUCCUUUAAGAGUUUUUCCAAAGAAUCUAACAAUACUAGUAGGGACUGUUUAUCAAGUACAAACAACAGGAGGUCCAUCAAAUGCAGAAAUUGAAUUCUCUACACAGGAUAAUGAUAUUCUGAACGUUGGCUAUAAUGGUAUAUUUGAAGGAAAAUCAGUUGGACAAACAAAAAUUAUUGUUAGAGCCAUUGGUCUUAAUGCUAAAGGCAAUAAAGUUAUUUAUUCUGAGGAUCAUGCUGAUAUACAUGUAUUAUAUCUUGAAGGAGUUAAAAUUGUUGUGCCAACAAGUAGAGUAAAAGUGGGUGCAAUGUUUCCACUUUGGGCAUUUGGUAUCCCAGAACAUUUAACUCCUCUUAUUAUAGGUUCUAUGCAAUUACCACUAACUUUUAUGUGGUCAUCUAGUGAUUCUAAUUUAAUAACAUUGCAUAAUAUGUAUGAAGGUACUGGAAUUAACAUUAGAUACCAAAAUGAGGUAUCUUUGAGAGCCAAAGCAAUUAGUCCUGGAUUAGCAACUAUUUAUUUAAAUGUUACAAUGCCAUCUAAUAUGUUAGCCGGUUUUAAAGGCGAUGUAACAUAUACUACAUUUAUAAAAGUUGAAAUAUUUGAGGAAUUGCGUUUAAUGCAUUUGGGACUACCUUUGGAUGCACCAGUGAUACUAAUGUCCCCAAAUUCUGUCUUAAAAUUAGAAACAAAUCGUGACAAACAUGGUUCAACUAUUUAUAAAGUAUUGUCUACUGUACAUGGAAAUGAUUCAGUGGAUUUACAGGCUUUAACAGUUGCAUCUAAAACUGUCACUAUUGAUAAAAAUGGCAUCAUAAAAGCUGGUGAAAGUAUCGGAAAAAUAGUUAUUUCUAUUACAAAUACCGAAGCCUAUAAUUUGAAACAAUCAAUAACUGUUAUUGUUGAAGUCAAGCCUAUUCAUUAUAUGAUGUUGUCUUUAAAAUCAAUUUUACGAAUUCGGAGUGGAGAAGAAUUAAAUAUGUUACCCAAGGGUAUGGAAUUGGAUUAUAUUCUUGAAUAUUAUGAUAAUAUUGGAACAAAGUUUCAUGCUGCUGAAGUUGAUGCUAAAACUAUAUUAAAUCGGGUUGAUCUCGCAUCAUUUACUAAAGGUUCCGAAAAUGUAGUUACUGCAAAAUUUAUUGAAAAUGGAGACCUUGUUGUAAAAGCAUACAAUGAAAGAUAUCCUAAUGCAAUGUUUGAUUAUGUACAUAUGAUGAUUGGUGAUAUAGUUUUCCCCACAAAGACUACACUAACAGUGGGCGAUAUAGUAUGCUUUUCAAUGCCACUUUUAUCUUCUGACGGUGAUCCAGGUUAUUGGCAAUCUUCUGCUCCUGAAAUAUUAACUGUAGAUCCUAUUACAGGAAUAGGUCGAGCAAAAAAUAUUGGUUAUGCAGUAGUAAAACAUAGUCUUGCAACUCACAUGCAAGGUGAAAUAGAAGUUCACAUCCAACCUAUUGCAAAGGUAUCAAUUGUCCCACUAAGAGGUCGAAAUAUUACUGGAACUGAAACUUUUAGUGUUCCUGUUGUACUUAAAAGCAAAGAUGAACAAGUCAAAGAAAACAAUAUCCUAUCUAGAGGCUUAGGUGGUUGUAGAACAUUUAGUUUAUUUACUUUAAAUUCAUUUCCCUAUACCUGUAAUAUACAAUUUGUUUCAUCAACUUCAUCUAUCGGAAUAAAAGACCUGUUUCUUGUCAAACCACGAUUUGAUAUUGCAACUGGAUUUUAUUAUUGUGAUGUAAUCCCAAUGGGUUCUCCAAACAUAAUUUCUAGUACAUUAGAAAGUCGUAUUCAAAUAAGUGCACAAAGUAAAGACAUUGAGGCUGUGCCUUUAGAAGUUACAUAUCUUCCUCCUGUCUAUGUUGAUGCCAAAGAAAUUAUUUUUAUUAAUACCCAUUCUCAAACCAUUCCAACAGCAACACUUGAAAUAUAUGGGUUGCAAUCUGUAUUAAAUCAUCUUACUAUUGAUGUACCAGAUGGAAUGACUGUAAGUGCUCGACAAUAUAUUUCAAAAUCUACAAUGCAAUACAAACUGCGUUUGAUGCAUAAUCAGGAAGAAAUUCAAGGUCAAAAAGUUGUUAUCGUAAAUGACAUUACAAAGCAAAAUAUAUCCCUUUUUGUACGUGUAACAAAAUAUGAAAAUUUCAUACCAUUAUCUGGAAUCCACUGGGUAGAUUAUAUGUACUUCCAUCGUUAUACAUUCGGAACAUUUGCUGUUGUUGUAAUUACUUUCUUCUACAUAUGGAAGAAUAAAAUAGCAAAUGUUGAUUUAAACAUAAAGAAUAGAUCAGUUUUUGCUGAUAAAUGUCCACCACAAUUAAAAAAGGUUAGUACUCCAUGCUCAUCUCCGUUAAAUAGUACAACUAUGUCAACUCCAAGGAGUCCAGUUACACCAACAAGAUUUACAUUUUCUGCGUUUGAUCCUGUAUAUGGUGAUCCUCGUGGUCCUUAUUCGGCAAGUAAACGAAAUAGGUCCUUGAAUAUAACACAAUAAAAAUGAAUAGUUUCAAUUUAAA